AUGGGUCACCAGCAGCUCUCCUGGAGUCACCUGCGGAAGUUUGGCCAGGGUUCUUGUUCUUGCUGCGUCUGCUCUAACCACCACAGUCUGAUCUGGAAAUAUGGCGUGAAUAUGUGCCGUUGGUGUGUCCACCAGUACACGAAGGACAUAGGCUUCUUUAAGUUGGACUAA